GUUCAACAAAUUGUACAGAAAUGUGUAUUGCGCUGUGUGUGAUUUUGCUAUACGCGACCCACCCGAGCGGUUUACUAGUAUGCCAUUCUUGUGUAAGCAGGGACAUCACAUUGUCCGCCCACAAGCACAGUCGAUAUUACUGUUCGUGUUAAAUAACAAGAACCACCUAUCUGAAACUGAACCCAACGAAACGGAUGACGCGUGUACACCGGACUCUGUGCUUGUUGCAGAGAUUGGAGACUGCGUGACACAAACUUGCUCACAGAUGGAGAUAAGGGUCGGUCACAGGUGUCUUAAAAUCUACGACAAAAUCAAGGGUUUUUUACUAGAAUACCGCGUCGAUGCAGUCUUGAGCUCUUACAAGGGCAUGGAUUUCGCCGUCGAUUGGGUGAAAUGUGAAAUAGCACAACAACUUAAAACAGAGACGAACUCUAUAUACGAAGCAAAACUCCUUAGUGCAUCGGUUACAGACGAUAAGAUGGUUUUAUCAUUCAGUGUUUUGACUGAGUCAAAUGAGUUGAUCGACAUGCAAAACGCAUUUUCAAGAUUUCAUGAAAACAUGAACAGUUAUAAUCUAAAUAAAAGACACUUAAGUCUGAGAGCCGGUCGAAGCCCUUAUGCCACAAUUAUCGCUGGUAAGUCGUUGUACAUAGAGUAUUCACCGCCGCGUUCUGGGGGUGCCUGCAUAGGGCCAACAGAUUGUGACUUCAUACGUCCAAGAAGGUUUGUAAUGGCAGAGAUCCAGUUCUGCAAAGGAUUCCUCUUCGACAAUUUCAAGACAGACGAUAGUAACAAUGCCGCUAUUAUCUAUAACAUGACUUUCCUGGAACAUGAGUUUGCGUAUAAGAUUGACGAGGCAAAAGUGAAACGGGUCUUCAUGUGUCAAAACACAUUUUUCGAUAAGUUGAAUGAAGCGAAUGUUUUCGAGUCUAGAAAUGCUGGCAUGACAAUAGGAUUCGUCGGAAUAACUCUUGGGUUAGCAGUCCGGUUAGGAGUCGCCAUUUUAUCGAACAUGUUCUUCAAUUUGUUUAUUUAAGCUUCGAUAUUCAUUAUACGGUUUUCAGAACACUGAAAAUACGUUUAAAGGGCUCCCUUACUUAUAGCGAUAUUUAGAUGCAUGUUAAGUUACCGUUUUUGAUAUUAUAAAUAAUGUUAAAUACUUGAUUUUUAUACAAAAAGCUAGGUCAUUACAAUGCCUAAAGGAACAUACAAAUAUAUACGACAUGUUAUAACGCAUGUUUGUUACCAUACAAAUAGUAAAUUUCAACAAACACGCUUUUCUAAAGUAUGUAAUAAGAAUACAUAUUUAAGUUCCAGUUCCUUCAAGUCGAAUAAGAAACUGGGUUAAAGGGGCCUUUUCACAGAUUUUGGCAUUUUUUAACUUAUUCAUUAAAUGCUUUAUAACGAUAAAUGUAAACAUUGGAUCGUAAAAGCUCCAGUAAAAAAUCAAGAAUAAAAUUUAAAAAAGGAAAAGAACAUUGCCCGGACCAGGUUUCGUACCAGUGACCCCUGGAGUCCUGCCAGAGUCCUGAAGUAAAAACGCUUUAGCCUACUGAGCUAUUUCGCCGAGUACACAUAGUUGAAGUAUUUUAUACCUUAUAUAAGCAAUCUUCGUAGUUUCACAAAAUUUAACGACAAAAACAGAACUCUCCAAAUUAUUCAAUCGUUUCGCGUUGCAACGCUUUAUAAUUUUUAGGUUUUAAAAUCGUCAAAAAAUGCAUAUAAUGGCUAUAUUAGACCAUGGUAAAUGUUCAGUAUUACUGUU